AUGAUAAGAGGGGGCUUCAAAGCAUUUUCAAGAGCUAAAAUUGUUGUGAGACAACCCUAUGUUUCAUCUGGAUUGUUAAGGCCUGUUUCUUUGAGAAGAUAUGCCUCUUCGCUGAACAAUGGAGAUGAUUUUGAUGGUGGCCAAGCUGACAGAAUUGAAAAAAUUGCAAGCACCUUGAGGGGUAAUCCAGAAAUCAGAACACUUUUGGAAGAUUUUCAGACACUAUUACAUGACAAAGGGUUUCGCACCGACAAAGCACCUUCGAUGGUGGAGAUGUUCAAGCUAAUGACUGAAAAGGAUGUGAAAGAUCACUUGACCAAAUUGAAAGACGCCUUGGACAGGGCCGACGUCAAAUUCAGUACAGAAGAUAUCAAAGCAUUUAUGGGGUUUUUGACCUCACAGAAGUAA